AUGCAUGUAAGCCAAAUGGGAAAUGCAGCAACUUGUAGCCAAUUGACGUUGACGUUGACGUUGACGCUUGUCGCGCUGCUGGCGUCAGUGGCAGCGCUGUCAGCGCCGCAGCCAGCAGAUCAUUUGGUGCCACCGCCGGCGCCACAAGCGCAGCGUCUAACCCAUGCGGGCUAUGCGGAGAAUCCAGCGCAGGCUCCAGCUCAUGAUGUGGGCUUCAUGACGCGUGUGGCGCGCUGGUUUGGCCUGGGUGCAGCCAGAGAUCAGCAGCUGGCUGCAAGCAGCGGCAGCGGCAGCGGCAGCAGCGGACUGAGCUAUGCGUAUCCAAAGCCCCUGCAGACAUUCGAUGCUGCCGGCAAACCCUGCGGACUGUGCAAUAAAUAUCCAUGGGUGCCCAUGGUGGGGCAGCAGGCGCUGGCUGCCUGGCCACAGCAACAGCAACAUCAACAGCAACAGCAGCAGCAGCAGCAGCAGCAAUAUGCACAACAGCAGCAGCAACAUCAACAGCAGCAGCAGCUGUUGGCGCAGGCAACGCAGCAGCGUCAACGCGCUGUUCAGUUUCAAGCGCCGCUGUCGCUGCCAGCGUCGCAGCAGCAGAGCGUCUUUCUGCCCAUACUAAGCGCCGUGGCGCUGCCGCCGCUUUACAAUGCGCAGCCAUUCCGCCCAGUUCAGCACCAGCACCAGCAGCAGCAGCAGCCAGCGCCAAGUCCGAGCUACAGCUUGCGUGAGAAUGUGGGCGCCCACUCGGAGCUGCAUGCAGUGCCAGUGGCUGCAGUUGCGCCAACCCACAGCCAAAGCCAAACGCCUGCAACUGCGAACUUUGAGAUUGUGCAGAGCCAGCAGGUGACGGACUUUGUCACCUCCGUGGAGUAUCCGGCGACCUUUGUGCAAUCCCAUGCCAUAGAUCUGGAGGCGAGCACGGCUAUGCCAGAGAAUCACAAGCUGGAGCAGCUGGAGGACAUUAGCACUGUGCGCUAUCAGCUGCAGGAGCUCAACAGUGGUGCAGUGCAUCAGCAUUUGCCGGCAUCGCAGCUGCUCACAGAGCUGGGACACUUUACAAGUUCAAGUCCGCCGGCGGAUAAUUAUGCUGCCGCCUCAUCCCAGCAGCAGCGGCAGCAGCAACAGGAGCAGCAGGAUGAGCAUCUUUACUAUACGGAGCUCUACGAGACCAGCACGCUGCCGAGCACGACGCUGCCGCCAGCUGCAGCUGCAGCGGUGGCCAUGGAGCUCAAUCAGCAGCUUUAUGCAGCGCGUGAUCCGCGCCAGCGUCACACGCCCAAGCGACUGCUGGAUGCGCCCAUUAAGCAUGCCCAGGCGCUGGCACCGCCGCCACGCCCCUUUACGCGCGACAUCGCCGAGCUGCAGCUGCGCAGCUCCACCCCGCCGCCGGCCACGCCCACCUCCAGCUAUGGACCCAUCGACGCCAGCGCCCACUAUGCUGGGAUGUCGCCGCCAGCACAGCAGAUCAUUAUACCCUAUACGACCAAGCAGCGACCACGCCCCUUUACGCCUGCCAAGUGGACGCCGCACUGGCGCCUGCAGGACAACGAUGUGGAGCAGCAGGAGUCGAAGCUGGUGAGCAGCGCCACCGGCGCGCCGCCUCCCACACGCGCCAACACCAAAUAUCUGACCAAAAUACUCGCCUCCAAUCUGCGCGAGCUGCUCAAGCGCGAGCGCGAGACCAAGCGCCGUCCCCCCCAGCUGCUGGGCGUGGACAUUUCCAAGCUGCAGCACAACAUUGACGGCUGGACGGAGCAGGAGUACAACUCGCUCUCCCAUCGUCCCAGCACGCCGACCAUACGCGGACGCAGCAAGCACAUCCCGAGCGAGUAUCUGACCACCAGCACUACCCCAGCCACGCCCACCACCACUGCCAGACCAGUGGUGGGCGGGUUUGAGCUGCGUGGCGCCGCCACCGCCAGCGCCAGUCUGGGCGCCGAUCUGUCCACCUCCAUAAACAAUCUGGAGCAACUGCAGCAGCUGCAGCAUUUUGCUCCACUAGCCGACAAUCAUCUGCUGCUCGAGUCGCCGGCAGUGCGUCAGACACCGCCCAUGACCACGCCCAGUCCCACAACAACAACAACAACCACCACGCCCAUGGCGGUGCCGCUCUAUGCACGCAGCAGCAGCACGCCCGCACCGCUGGAGCUCUGGAAGCAAGCACGCGUCCAAAUCCUGCCACAGACCAAUGAGAAAGUUUAUGUGGUAACGCCUCAGCCGCAGCGUCAACAGCGCGCCGAUCUCUACGCCCAAGCGUCGGAUUCGUCGUCGGCGUCGGCGUCGGCGCCAGUUUACCAAACGCCAGCGCCAAGAUUUCCACACAAGCGACCCACGCCGGCCCAAGCUCAGUUCACAGCUGGUGAGCUGGCGUCUGCCACGCCCACGCCGGCAACAGAGCAGAUACGCAACUAUACGCCAGAUAUAUUCGGUCUGAUGGGUUUGUCCGCGUAUGUUCCGGCGGAGCCAGUGGAGAUCAUUGAUGGCAAUUCCAAAGUGGUGACCAUAGUGACAUCGGCGCCGACUGCGGCUGCGCUGCAACGUUCAACUGCAAAGUCCACAAUGUCGCCCUCGCCCAGAUAAGCGUAUAGCGAAUCCAGCGCCAGAGUGAGCGAGAUCGGGAGAGAGCAGACCUAUUGUAAUAUAUUUCGUAUGGCGUACUUAAGUCCUAAACCAAUUUCUAGAGUAUUUUUGCAUU